GAGGUCCUCAUUUUCAAAACAAACAAAAUGGCGGCGCACAUGAGAUGGGGACUUCGCCAAUUGUUACGGGCCAGAAAAACGGCUCAUUUUAGGUUUCAGGAGAACAACAGAGGCUCAUACCACUCACAGUGCUCAACCCAGAGCUUCAGAAAGGCCCAAACCCGGCCUGGGACAGGAACUACGAACUUCUCAAUCAGACACCUGUCAAUUCAGACUCAAGACACUCCAAAUCCAAGAAGCUUGAAGUUUCUCCCUGGAAAACCUGUCCUAGGAAGUGGGACGCUCGACUUUCCAUCUCCAAGCUCUGCUGAGUGUUCGUCUUUAGCCAGGGACUUGUUUGAAAUUGAGGGAGUGAAAAGUGUGUUUUUUGGUCCUGACUUCAUCACAGUCACUAAAACAGAUGAGGAUGUGGAGUGGACAGACAUUAAGCGUCACGCUCUGGAGGCCAUUACUAAGUUCUUUGAGAGUGGCGAUCCGAUAACAACCGGAGCGGUGCCCCAUGAAAGUAGUCAUUCUGAAGAUGAUGAUGAUAUUGUGUCUAUGAUAAAGGAGCUCCUCGACACCAGGAUCAGGCCUACAGUGCAGGAGGACGGAGGUGACGUCAUCUUCAAGGGUUUUGAGGAGGGUACGGUCAAGCUGAAGCUGGUUGGUUCCUGCACAGGGUGUCCCAGCUCUACAGUUACCCUGAGGAACGGCAUCCAGAACAUGAUGCAGUUUUAUAUUCCAGAAGUUGACAAUGUGGAGCAGGUGGAAGAUGAAGUGGAUGAAAUCAAUGCCAAGGUUUUCUCCGAGCUGGAGCGUAAAUUACAAGAUUAAAAGAUUCCUCCACUAGUUCACUCAUGAAUGAAGCCAGAAGAAAAUUAUGUUCCACUGUUAAAAAACACAGCCAUGUAUCACCUGCACUAGCUAUCUCUCUACAACCAUUAAACUGCUUCCUGUGUGCACUAUAUACUGUAAAAUGUUAACAGUUCAAGCUGUAAUCUGUAUGUAAAUACUAUAUUUCCCUGUUACAAAGAGAAGGAGAUACAGGAAAUUCCUGUAUACACAAAUCCUGUCAUUCUUCGUACCAGUCUAACUUUUCUGCUCGAUGGUUGUAAAUGCUUUGAUGUAUUUAUUUCAUAUAAAUAUUGUAUAUUUUGAAAGAAUAUUUUCUUAGACGGGGAUGUUGUGAACGUUUUUGAAAGUGGAUGUAAUGCAGAAUGAUGAUCUGAUGAGAUAUUCCAGUUUUUGCUGUCAGGUACCAAUAAACUAUGAGAAAAACAUUAUCUUGUUUGUUGUCUACAGUAAACAGUAAUAAAUGUUAUUCAGAAAUGUUAUUUGCCUGA